AUGGACGUAGUGGCAUCUGCCCAGACCCCAAGUCCGGCUCCCAACGGUGUCGCGGACUCGCCGUUCGUCACCAUCGACCCGCAGCGCGUUGUCGACCACUUGGUAACCCUGCUCGGCGCUGCUCUGGGCGCGAAACACGACGAGCUCGAAGCACCGGGCAGCUUGCUUGCGAAGGACCGCAUAGCCGACACGAUACAGCGGUGUAACCGUUUUGCCAACGACAACCAACCCUUUUUGUACAUCCGCAAGGACCUGGCCUCCUCGCCAGAUCUCGAGAAUGGCGAUGCCGACUCUCAACCCCAGGUGCACAGCUACACGCUCGCUCCCGAUAUGUCUUCAACUGCUACGACCGUGUCUUUCCUCGGUCUGCUGAAGCGCCCGCAGCCUCUCGAUCCUAAUGUUCCGAUAAACCUCCAAGUCCAGUUCCUCAACCUGCCAGGCCCGGCAUACCUGGCCUCCACCGUAGGAGAGCAGGGCUCUUCUGCCUCGCCGUGGGAGAUUCUUCAACUCUAUCUUCACAACGGUCUGGCGCCAUACUUCGAUGCGAGCACAAAGAGCCAACAGGUGGUGAACGGUACUCGAGGCAGGGCGGACAUCGAUGCCAAGACCGGCAUCCCGGUCACCAAGAAGAGAUGGACAGAACUGGAGCUGAGCCUGUCGCAUUUGCAACAGAAUGUCGAGAUCCCCGAAGUCUCGCUGCCCUUCAACCCCGUCGUUCAGAACGCUCUUGACGAAGCCGCCGCUCGCAACAUCCGGCCGUCGAUCGAGAUGAUCCCCGCUGCGCUGGUACUCGACAGUAGUUUCUUGAACAACCUGCAGGCGACGGUCAAUAACUGGAUCAAGUCCAUCCAAGUCAUCACAAAGAUGACGAGAGACCCGGCGACGGGCACCGCGACGCAGGAGAUCAAUUUCUGGCUGUCCAUGGAGUCUGCCCUGGAAGGCAUCGAGGCACAGUUGCGAGGCGACGGUGUGCUGUUGACGCUUGAUAUCCUGAGGCACGCGAAGCGAUUCCAAGCCACCGUCAGCUUCUCGUCCGAUACGGGACUCAAGGAAGCCAUGGAUAAGGUGCAGAAGUACAACCAGCUCAUGCGAGAUUUCCCCCUGGAUGAGCUUCUCUCUGCAACGUCGCUUCCCAAGGCUCAGGACGCCGUUGCGCAGAUCUUCAACCACUUGAACAAGAAGUUGAGGAUCUGCCCGUACCCUAUCAGGCGAGCUCUUCCCUUCGUGGAAGCCAUCUCUGGAGAUCUGGACGAGGUGAUGCACCGCCUGCUUCCUGGCACCGAGCUGGUUGAGCUCGACUACGAUGAGUUCCGCGCUAUCAUCUCGCAAGCCACCAAGGCUUUCACGGCCUGGGAUGAUUCUGUCAAGGAUUUCACAAAUGUCGCUCGUGAAGUGACGAGGCGGCGCAAUGAAAAGUUCAUCCCCAUCAAGAUUGCCCCCCGGCAUGUAGACCUACAAUCUCGUCUGAAGUACGUUUCUGCUUUUCGGAACAACCAUGAGCAGCUGCAGCGCACAAUCCUGAACGUCCUUGGCCCCAAAGCAUCCGAGAAUGGCACCGCAGAAGCAAACGCCCCUAAUGGCGUCGCCGUUGUCGAGGAGAUGGGCGAUGUGGACGCGAUUGAGGAGGUGAAGCAGGCCUGGGAGGCCCUGAGAAACGUCGACCUACUGGAUGUUUCCCCAGAGGGCACAGCCAAAUGGGUCAAGGCCGAGAACACUUACAACGAACGGACCUCGCGCGUUGAGAACUCCAUCAUUGCUCGCCUCAGAGAUCGCCUGGCCACGGCCAAGAACGCCAACGAGAUGUUCCGCGUCUUCUCCAAGUUCAAUGCCCUCUUUGUGCGACCCAAGAUCCGUGGUGCUAUCGCCGAAUACCAGACGCAGCUCAUCGACAACGUCAAGCAGGCAAUCAACGCAUUGCACGAGCGGUUCAAACAGCAGUAUGGCCAUUCCGAGGCGCACGCGAUGGCUCAGCUUCGUGAUUUGCCCCCUGUCUCCGGAGCCAUCAUCUGGGCGCGAAUGAUCGAACGCCAACUCGAUGGGUACAUGAAGAAGGUGGAGGCUGUCCUCGGUGCAGACUGGGACCUCCAUGCCGAAGGCCAGAAGCUCAAGAGCGAGGGCAACCUCUUCCGUAAGAAACUGGACACUCGACCCAUUUUCGAGGCCUGGUUACACGAUACGCAGCGGAAGAAGAUCUCAAUCUCCGGCCCCCUCUUCACCAUCCUCAAAAUCCGAUCGGCCGGAAAUGCCCUAGAGCUUGCUGUGAACUUCGACCCUCAGGUUAUCGCCCUGUUCAAGGAGACUCGAAACCUCGUGACGUUGAACUACAAUGUGCCACACAACAUCAACACCGUCUCGAAGGAGGCAAAGCGUGUUUACCCCUUCGCCGUCAGCUUGAUGGAGAGCGUUCGCACCUUCAUCCAGACGAAUCGACAAAUUUCAGAGAUGACUGAUGUUUCCGUGUUGCUAAGCGGGCAUCGCAACGAGGUCUACUCUCUCAUUGCCAAGGGCAUUCCGCUCAAGUGGGAAUCCUUCGUCAAUACCUACGAACUGCAUUUCAAGACGCCUGGUAUCUUUUCCAACGGUUCGACUGAGCGCCCUUUCCCCAAGGGAAGCGAGAGCAAACACGUACUCUUCGUCCGUGAGUUCGCUGCCUCGGUUUCGGUGCUGCAAUCUAAGACGACCACCCUGGCUUCGAUCCAUUCAACGAUCCAGAAGGCACUCAUUGAACUCGGUACUUGCCCGUAUGAGAUGUCUGCGUUUGAGUCGCGACUAGAGACUAUCCAGAUGGCUGUUGACCAGCUUAAUCUGGAGCAGUAUGUCAACCUUGGUUUCUGGGUACAGGCUAUGAAUCAGCAGAUUAAGGACACGCUGCUAUCACGCCUGCAACGUGCCAUACAGGCCUGGAUCGAGGCAUUCGAAGAUGAGUCCCCUGAGCAGGCCUCCAACGAUCGACGAAAGGUCUCCGGUGACGCCGCAGAUGGCAAGUCAGACGUUCCAGUCAUGAAGCGUCUUGUCCACGAAAUCACCAUGCGUAAUCAGGUCAUCUACCUCGACCCGCCAAUGGAGUUUGCACGAGCUAGCUGGUUCUUGCAACUGCACGAGUGGCUAGGAGUCGUUUGCAACCUCAGGAAAAUCAAGGCCUCUAGAUACCAGAUGAGCCUGAGCACGACAGUCCAGGAUGAGCCGCGUUUCAACGAUCUUCCCAGCGAAUGCACGCAGAUGCUCGCGCGUGUGCACACGUCCAUCGAGAAGAAGCUGCAGGAAGUGAACGGCUAUGUAGACAAGUGGCUGCAGUUCCAGUCUCUGUGGGACCUGCAGUCCGAGCAGGUGUACGAGAUUCUUGGGGACCAGCUGGCUCGUUGGCUUCAGCUGUUGCAGGAAAUUCGAAAGACUCGUCAGACCUUUGACACCACCGAAGUCAGCCGUUCAUUUGGCCACAUCACAAUCGACUAUGACCAAGUCCAGACCAAGGUCAAUGCCAAGUAUGACCAGUGGCAACACGAUAUCCUCAUCAAGUUUGCCAGUCGACUGGGUAACCGCAUGCGAGACGUCUAUGCCGAGAUCGAGAAGGCUCGCAAGGAUCUGGAGAUGUCCACGCUCGAGACUAGCUCCACCGCUCACGCGGUCCAGUUCAUCACGAUCGUGCAGAGCUGCCAGCGUCAAGUCAAGCUUUGGGCACCUGAAGUCGAGACCUUCAGACAGGGCGAAUCUACCCUUGUCAGGCAACGGUACCAGUUCCCCAACGACUGGCUGCAUGCCGAGCAAGUUGAUGGAAUGUGGGACUCGCUCAACGACAUCCUCGGACGCAAGUCGAAGAUUGUAUCUGAUCAGAGCGACGGCCUCCGGGCGAAGAUCAUCGCCGAGGACAAGGUGGUAGUUGACAAGAUCACCGAGAUCGCGAACCAAUGGAACGAGGAGAAGCCGGUCUCCGGUACUAUUCCUCCAGACGAGGCCUCUGCUACUCUGGCCUCUUUCGAGUCCCGCAUCACUCAGCUUCAGGAAGAGUCUGCCAUGGUCGCAAAGGCCAAGGAAGCUCUCGACCUGCCUGCCAGCGUCGACGGAUCCCUGGCUGUCAUUCUCGAAGAAGUCCAUGACUUCAAAUCCGUCUGGGCUUCCUUGUCGCUCAUCUGGAAGAGUCUGAACGAGCUUCGCGACAUCCUGUGGAACAGUGUCCAGCCGCGCAAGAUCCGGUCUUCCAUCGACAAUCUCAUCAAGAUGACCAAAGAGAUGCCCAGCCGAAUGCGUCAGUACGCCGCGUUUGAGCACAUUCAGAACAUCCUGCGCUCUUACAUGAAAGUGAACUCUCUACUGGGAGACCUCAAGUCUGAGGCCGUGCGAGACCGCCACUGGACCAAGAUCUACAAACAGAUCAAGCCUGGCAAGCGGUACUCGCCGAUGUCCAUGACCCUAGGAGAUGUCUGGGACUUGAACUUGGUGGCAACGGAGCUCAUCAUCAAGGAUAUCAUAGCACAAGCGCAGGGAGAGAUGGCGCUUGAAGAGUUCUUGAAGCAAGUCAGGGAGACCUGGACCGGCUAUAACCUUGAGCUGGUCAACUACCAGAACAAAUGCCGUUUGAUCCGCGGCUGGGACGACCUCUUCACCAAGUGCAGCGAAAACACCAACUCCUUGCAGGCCAUGAAGCACUCUCCUUACUACAAAGAAUUCGAGGAGGAGGCCACGUCCUGGGAGGACAAGCUCAACCGUGUGCAUGUUCUCUUCGACGUCUGGAUCGACGUGCAGCGGCAGUGGGUCUACCUUGAGGGCGUCUUCACGGGCAAUGCCGACAUCAAGCAUCUACUCCCCAUUGAGUCGUCCCGCUUCCAGAACAUCAACAGCGAAUUCAUGGCUGUCAUGAAGAAGGUCUACAAGCAGCCGUACGUUCUGGAUGUGCUCAACAUUCCCAAUGUCCAGAAGUCUCUCGAGCGUCUCGAUGAUUUGCUCAACAAGAUCCAGAAGGCUCUUGGUGAGUAUCUCGAGAAGGAGCGUGUGUCAUUCCCUCGCUUCUACUUCGUUGGUGACGAAGAUCUCCUGGAGAUGAUUGGUAACAGCAACGAUACCCUCCGUAUCGCAAAGCACUUCAAGAAGAUGUUUGCUGGCGUCUCUGGCCUUGUCAUGGACGACGAAACCAUCAUUUCUGGCGUCACGUCAAAGGAAGGUGAAGUUGUGCCCCUGAAGAAGGAGAUUUCUCUUGCCAAGACACCGCGGAUUAACGACUGGCUUGCGCUCCUGGAAAAUGGAAUGAAGGCCACCCUCGCUGAGCUGCUUGCCGAGGCCGUGGAGAAGUAUACUCCGAUUUUCUCCAACGAGACUAUCGAUCAAGCAGCUUUGAACGACUUCAUGACUACUUUCCCCAGUCAGAUUGUCGUCCUUGCAACCCAGGUCGUGUGGACAACUGCAGUUGAUCAGUCUUUGGCGGCUGGUGGUAGCACGCUAAAGUCUCUCUUCGAUCGCGAAGUCCAAGUGCUUCGCCUGCUCGCCAAUACUGUCCUUGGUGAUCUCGAGGUAUUGAUGAGAAAGACCUGCGAACAGCUCAUCACGGAGUGUGUCCAUCAGAGAGACGUGAUCGAGAAGCUCAUCAAGGCCAACGCCACCUCGCAGACCCACUACCUGUGGCAGUUGCAAAUGCGCUAUGUCUACACGCCGGAGGGCGACUUCCUGCAGCGCCUGCACAUCAAGAUGGCCAACGCCAAGCUCAACUACGGCUUCGAGUAUCUGGGUGUGCCUGACCGCCUCGUCAGAACGCCACUCACUGAUCGCUGCUUCCUGACUCUCACCCAGGCUCUUUGCCAACGCCUCGGAGGAUCUCCUUAUGGUCCUGCUGGUACCGGCAAGACCGAGUCUGUGAAAGCGCUUGGUGUUCAGCUUGGAAGAUUCACACUGGUCUUCUGCUGCGACGACACCUUUGAUUUCCAAGCCAUGGGCCGUAUCUUCCUUGGUAUCUGCCAAGUUGGUGCUUGGGGUUGUUUCGAUGAGUUCAACCGUCUUGAGGAGCGCAUUCUUUCUGCCGUAUCACAGCAGAUCCAGAACAUCCAGCUUGGUCUCAAGCAGGGAGCCGAAGAUGACAAGGCCCAGAUUGAGCUUGUCAACCGACAGCUCAGGGUCAAUGCCAACACUGGUAUCUUCAUUACCAUGAACCCUGGCUAUGCCGGCCGUUCCAACCUCCCUGACAACUUGAAGAAGUUGUUCCGCAGCGUGGCUAUGUCGAAGCCCGACAAGGAGCUGAUUGCCGAGGUCAUGCUGUACUCGCAAGGUUUCAACCAGGCGAAGCAACUGUCCAAGCAGACUGUCCCGUUCUUCGACCAGUGCGCAGGCAAAUUGUCGAAGCAAGCCCACUACGACUUCGGGCUUCGUGCUCUCAAGAGUGUGCUGGUCAGCUCUGGUGGUCUCAAGCGUGCCCGUAUUACCGACAGCGAUGGUAAAAUCGGCGCAGAGGAUAUCGUUGAACCCGAGAUUAUCGUGCAGAGCAUUCGGGAGACUCUUGCACCCAAGCUCAUCAAGUCUGAUGUUGAGAUCAUGUCCGGCAUCGAGGAGGUCUGCUUCCCUGGCAUCCACUACGUCCCCGCAAACCUACGUAAACUGGAGGAUGCUAUUCGAAAUUUGGCCAGUGAGCGCCAGCUUGUGGUCACAGAGACUUGGUUGACCAAGAUUCUGCAACUCUACCAGAUCCAGAAAAUCCACCAUGGUGUUAUGAUGGUCGGUAAUUCUGGAACGGGUAAAUCUGCUGCUUGGAGGCUCCUCCUCGACGCGCUUCAGCAAGUCGAGGGUGUCGAAGGCGUGAACCACGUCAUCGACUCCAAGGUCAUGUCAAAGGAGGCCCUCUACGGUAACUUGGACUCUACCACGCGUGAGUGGACGGAUGGUCUCUUUACCAGCAUCCUGCGCAAGAUUGUCGACAAUCUCCGUGGCGAAGAUGCCAAGCGUCACUGGAUCGUUUUCGAUGGUGACGUCGAUCCCGAAUGGGUCGAGAACUUGAACAGUGUUCUUGACGACAAUAAGCUGCUGACCUUGCCUAAUGGUGAGCGGCUGAACCUGCCCCCCAACGUCCGCGUCAUGUUCGAAGUUGAGAACCUCAAAUACGCCACCCUCGCAACAGUCUCUCGUUGCGGUAUGGUCUGGUUCAGCGAAGACACUGUCAGCCCAUCAAUGAUGGUCGACAACUACCUCGGCACGUUGCAGACCGUUGCAUUCGAGGAUCUCGAUGAGGACGCCGUAGCUACCGGCCAGAGCUCUGCGAAGGCGCUUGCCGUUCAGACCCAGGUUGGCGACCUGCUUAGGACAUUCCUCACGGCCGACAAUCUCAUCCUCGAAGCUCUCAAGCAGGCUGAAGGAUACGAACACAUCAUGGAGUUUACCGUUGCUCGUGUUCUGAACACUUUGUUCUCGCUGCUCAACAAGGCUGUCCGAGACAUCAUUGAGUACAACGGGCAGCAUAUUGACUUCCCUCUGGAUCCCGAGCAGGUGGAGGCAUAUGUAUCCAAGAAAUUGCUGCUUGCUUUGGUGUGGGCCUUGACCGGAGACUGCCCCCUGAGAGAUCGCAAGCUGUUUGGCGAUGUCGUCGUUGGGCUCGCAUCCUUUGGAUCGCCGCCGUUGGACGGCACAAGCUCGCUCAUCGACUUUGACGUGUCGCUUCCCAAGGCUGAAUGGGUGCCAUGGCAGAACCAAGUCCCGACCAUCGAGGUCAACACUCACUCCAUCACCCAGACCGAUGUGGUCAUUCCCACGCUCGACACUGUCCGUCAUGAGGAUGUGUUGUACUCUUGGCUCGCAGAGCACAAGCCGCUCUUGCUCUGUGGUCCUCCUGGAUCUGGUAAAACUAUGACACUCUUCAGCGCGCUUCGGAAAUUGCCCAACAUGGAGGUUGUCGGCCUCAACUUUUCCAGCGCGACAACCCCCGAUCUGCUCAUCAAGACCUUUGAGCAAUACUGCGAGUACAAAAAGACUCUCAACGGUGUCAUGCUCUCGCCCACGCAGAUUGGUCGAUGGCUGGUCAUCUUCUGCGACGAGAUCAACCUGCCUGCACCUGACAAGUAUGGAACACAGCGGGCGAUCUCGUUCCUCCGCCAGCUUGUUGAGCAUAACGGUUUCUGGAGAACCUCGGAUAAGUCAUGGGUCACGCUUGAUCGGAUUCAAUUCGUUGGUGCUUGUAACCCUCCUACUGAUGCUGGCCGCACGCCCAUGGGCGCUCGUUUCCUGCGCCAUGCGCCGCUCAUCAUGGUCGAUUACCCUGGCGAGCAGUCCCUCACGCAGAUCUACGGCACUUUCAACUCUGCCGUGCUCAAGAUUAUCCCUGCUCUCCGCGGCUAUGCCGAUGCACUUACUCAAGCUAUGGUCAAGUUCUAUCUUGAGUCGCAGCAACGCUUCACGCCCAAGAUCCAGCCACACUACGUCUACAGUCCUCGUGAAUUGACGAGAUGGGCUCGUGGUGUAUACGAGGCGAUCCGACCGCUGGAGACUCUGUCCAUCGAGGGUCUGGUCCGUAUCUGGGCCCAUGAGGCCCUACGUCUGUUCCAGGACAGGCUCGUCGCUGAAGAUGAGCGCAAGUGGACCGAUGACGCCGUGCGAAGAAUUGCGCUCGAGUUCUUCCCGAAUAUUGAAGAGGACAAGGCACUCGGCGGACCCAUUCUGUUCUCCAACUGGCUUUCCAAGAAUUACGUGCCGGUCGACCGCGAGCAGCUCCGCGAGUUUGUCAAGGCUCGUCUCAAGACUUUCUGCGAAGAGGAAGUCGAUGUGCCCCUAAUCCUUUUUAACGAGGUGCUCGAGCAUGUGUUGCGUAUCGAUCGUGUCUUCAGGCAGCCCCAGGGCCAUCUCAUUCUCAUCGGUGUGAGCGGCAGUGGUAAGACAACGCUUUCCAGGUUCGUCGCCUGGAUGAACGGCCUCAGCGUGUACCAGAUCAAGGUACAUGGCAAGUACUCUGGCGAGGACUUUGACGAAGACCUCCGAGAGGUCCUACGCCGCUGCGGCUGCAAGGGCGAGAAGAUCUGCUUCAUCAUGGACGAAGCCAAUGUGCUCGACUCUGGUUUCCUGGAGCGCAUGAACACGCUGCUUGCCAAUGCAGAGGUUCCUGGUCUAUUUGAAGGGGAUGACUUUGCCGCAUUGAUGACUGCUUGCAAGGAGGGAGCUCAGCAACAGGGACUACUCCUCGACUCCCAAGAGGAGCUCUACAAGUGGUUCACCGGCCAAAUUGUGAAGAACCUCCACGUUGUCUUCACUAUGAACCCCCCCGAGGACGGCCUGUCUUCCAAGGCUGCCACCAGUCCUGCUUUGUUCAACCGUUGUGUUCUUAACUGGUUCGGCGACUGGUCAGACCAAGCCCUUUUCCAGGUCGCUCACGAGCUCACACACUCUGUCGACCUGGACCGCCCCAACUUCCUGGCGCCGGACACAAUCCCCGUUGCGUACCGCGCUCUCAGUCUGCCUCCUUCGCACCGAGAGACAGUGGUCAAUUCGAUGGUCUACAUCCACUACUCUCUCCACCGCUUCAAUACCAAGUUGCUCAAGCAGCAAGGCAAGGUCACGUUCCUUACGCCCAGACAUUUCCUGGACUUUGUCGCGCAAUAUGUUAGACUGUACAACGAGAAACGCGAAGAUCUGGAGGAGCAGCAGCGUCACUUGAACGUCGGUCUCGAGAAGCUCCGCGACACGGUAGACAAGGUCCGAGAUCUCCGUGUCAGUCUGGCAGAGAAGAAGACGCAGCUCGAGAAGAAGGAUGCCGAAGCCAAUGAGAAGUUGCAGCGCAUGAUUGCGGACCAACAAGAGGCCGAGCAGCGCAAGGCUACAUCGAUCGAGAUCCAGGCUGCACUGGAGAAGCAAGAGGCAGACGUGGCCUCGCGAAAGAAGAUUGUCCUGGAGGAUCUCGCCAAGGCAGAGCCAGCGGUCGAAGAGGCCAAGGCUAGUGUCAGCAAUAUCAAACGCCAGCAUCUCACUGAGGUGCGAUCCAUGAACACGCCUCCGCAGGGUGUCAAGCUAGCCCUGGACUCUGUCUGUACCCUCAUCGGACACAAGGUCGAUAGCUGGAAGGCCAUCCAGGCUGUUGUGCGUCGCGAUGACUUCAUCGCCAGCAUUAUCAACUUCAACAACGAGAAGCAGAUGACCAAGUCUCUGCGCGUCAAGAUGCGAAACGAAUUUUUGGCCAACCCCGAGUUCACCUUUGAGAAGGUCAACCGUGCUUCCAAGGCCUGUGGCCCGCUCGUCCAGUGGGUCGAGGCUCAAGUCAACUAUGCUGAGAUUCUUGACCGUGUCGGUCCUCUCCGCGAUGAGGUCGAGAAGCUCGAGGAGCAAGCACUACAAACCAAGGCUUCUGCAAAGGCUGUCGAGAACACGAUCAGCACUCUGGAGAACAGCAUCGCUACGUAUAAGACGGAAUACCGUGCUCUUAUCAGCGAGACGCAGGCCAUCAAGGCUGAGAUGGAGCGUGUGCAGUUCAAGGUGGACCGCAGUGUCAAGCUACUCGACAGUCUUUCCUCCGAGAGAGUGCGCUGGGAGGAGGGCAGCAAGUCGUUCGAGACUCAGAUCAGCACCCUCGUCGGUGACGUUCUUGUUGCCGCCGCAUUCCUUGCCUACAGCGGUCUUUACGACCAGACUUUCCGCAAGUCGAUGAUGGACGACUGGCUGCACCAGCUCCAACUCUCUGGCAUCAACAUCAAGCAGCACAACCCUGUCACAGAGUACCUCUCGACGGCCGAUGAGCGUCUUGGCUGGCAGAAGAACACACUGCCAGUCGAUGACCUGUGCACUGAGAAUGCCAUCAUUCUCAAGCGCUUCAACAGAUAUCCUCUCAUCAUCGAUCCCUCCGGGCGUGUCACCGAGUUCUUGCAGAAGGAGAGCAAGGACCGUCGCUUGACUGUGACCAGCUUCCUGGACGACUCUUUCACCAAGCAACUUGAGAGCUCGCUUCGUUUCGGCAACCCCAUCCUGAUCCAGGAUGCCGAGCAUCUGGACCCCAUUCUCAACCAGGUCCUCAACAAGGAGUACCAAAAGACUGGUGGCCGUGUCCUGAUUCAGCUCGGCAAGCAGCAGAUCGACUUUUCGCCAGCCUUCAAGCUGUACCUGUCAACUCGUGAUCCUUCAGCACAGUUCGCUCCCGAUAUCUGCAGUCGAACGACAUUUGUCAACUUUACCGUCACCCAGAGCAGUCUGCAGACUCAGUCGCUCAACGACGUUCUCAAAUCUGAGCGUCCUGAUGUCGAUGAGCGCCGGUCCAACCUCAUCAAGCUCCAAGGGGAGUUCAAGGUGCACCUGCGACAACUCGAGAAGCGCCUGUUGCAGGCUCUCAACGAGUCCCGUGGUAACAUUCUGGAUGAUGACAAUGUUAUCGAGACUCUUGAGACGCUCAAGACGGAGGCUGCAGAGAUCUCGGCCAAGAUGAGCAACACAGAAGGCGUCAUGGCAGAAGUGGAGGAAAUCACUUUGCAGUACAACAUCAUUGCGCGCUCUUGCAGUGCCGUUUUCGCUGUUUUGGAGCAACUUCACUAUCUCAACCACUUCUACCAGUUCUCGCUUCACUACUUCCUGGACAUCUUCCACUCAGUCCUGCAUGGCAACCCUAGUCUGACCAGCGAGACAAACCACAACGUGCGCCGAGACAUCAUUGUCAAGGACUUGUUCGUCACCACGUUCAAGAGGACCGCGCUGGGUCUCCUGCAGAAGGACCGCAUCACUCUCGCCAUGCUUCUAGCUCAGGCGUCUCCCUACAAGAUGGACAAGUCACUGAUCGAUGUGAUUUUGGACACUCGGGUCGAAGGCAAGGAUGUUUCUAUGGACAUUGGUGCUCGAGACGAGGCAUUUGCAAAGGCGCAGCGAGUUCCUGCCCUCAAGGAACGCCUGGGCAAUGUCUCCUCGGAUGCUUGGGACAAGUUCUUUACCGAGGAGUUUGCCGAAGACUGUGUGCCCCAGAUUUGGGACGACGGUGCCGAGGCCAAUGACAAGGCGCUGCUAUCGCUGCUGCUUGUCAAGCUCUUCCGCCUUGACCGUUUUGUUCCGGCCGCGGAGCGUUUUGUUGGCAAGGUGUUUGGCGAUGGCCUGCUCGACAUUGUUGACGACCUGGCUGGUACUGUUGCUCAAGUUCCUGCCACACGGCCCAUCUCGCUUGUCUCCAGCCCGGGUUUCGACGCUUCGUACAAGGUCGACAACCUGGUGGAGAGGAUGCGCGUCCGGUGCACAAACAUUGCCAUGGGAUCCGACGAAGGACUCGCCAGCGCCGACGAGGCCGUCAGCAGCGCGGCGCAGAACGGCAACUGGGUGCUGGUCAAGAACGUACAUCUCGCACCCACGUGGCUGCAGUCGCUCGAGAAGCGCAUGGAGAACCUCAGCCCGCAUGCGGACUUCAGACUCUUCCUGUCGAUGGAGUCGAGCCCCAAGAUUCCGGUCAACCUGCUCAGGGCUUCCCGCGUGCUGAUGUACGAGCAGCCGGCGGGCGUGCGUGCCAACAUGAAGGACUCGAUGUCUUCGCUCUCGACGAGGGCGACGAAGCCGCCGGUCGAGCGGACCAGACUGUACUUGCUCCUUGCGUUCCUGCAUGCCGUGGUGCAAGAGCGCUUGCGCUAUGCACCGAACCUGGGCUGGAAGGGCUUCUGGGAGUUCAAUGACAGUGACUACGAAUGCUCGGCGUUCAUCAUUGAUACGUGGGUCGAGACGGUGGCGCAGAACCGCACCAACCUGGCUCCGCAGAGCAUACCGUGGGACAUGAUCCGGUACCUGGUGACGGAGACGUAUGGCGGCAAGAUCGACGACGAAGGGGACUUUGGGCGGCUGUCGGAGCUGGUGGACAGCUUCCUGACGCCGUCGGCGUACGACAUCGGGCACAAGCUGGUCGAGGGCCAGGGGGCGGACAAGAAGGACGACCUGGUGGUGCCGUCGGGCAUCGCGCUGCCCGACUUUAUGGGCUGGAUCCAGAAGCUGCCGGAGCGCGAGCCGCCCACGUAUCUCGGCCUGCCGGCUAACGCGGAGAAGCUGCUGCUGGUGGACCAGGGCCGCACGCUGGUGGGCAACCUGAAGAAGGUGACGGACCUGCUGGACGAGGGGGAGCAGUUGAUGGCUGAGGCCUGA